CUGCGCAAGAUGUCUUCGUCUCACACCGAUCUCAAGACGGCCCGUUCCUGCAGCCAACGGAGACAGGGCGACAACCACCAUUACAGGAUUGUCGUGAUGGGCGCUGCCGCGGUGGGGAAGAGCGCCAUCAUCUCUCAGUUCCUGUACGACCGCUUCAUCGACGAGUACAAGGAGACGGUGGAGGAGCUGCACCGGGGGGAGUACGACAUCAACGGCAGACACCUCACCCUCGACAUCCUCGACACGUCCGGGGCCCACGCCUUCCCCGCCAUGAGGAAACUGGCGAUCGCCACGAGCGACGCUUUCGUUCUUGUGUACUCCGUGUCCAACGACUCUUCGUUCGACGCCGUCAAGGAGCUGCGCGACCAGGUCAUCGCCGAGCGCAACGACGAGGACGUGCCCAUCGUCAUCGUCGGCAACAAGACGGACGUCAAGGAGCAGAACCGAUCGAUCUGCAAGGAGACCGCCGAGACGCUCGUGAACGUCGAGUGGGGGAACGGUUACGUCGAGGCGUCGGCGAAAGAUAACUGGAACAUCGUCGGCAUCUUCAAAGAGAUUCUCAGCCAAUCAAACAUCCAGUACAAUCUGAGCCCGGCUGUGAAGCGCAGACGACAGUCCAUGCCGGCCGUUCUCGUGCAGAAGAAGACGAUCACGACCCAAAAGCGUCACAGCUGUUCUUUGAACUGAACUGCGUCACAGCUGUUCUUUGAAAUGAACUGCGUCACAGACGUUCUUUAAACUGAACUGCGUCAGAGCUGUUUCCUGAACUGAACUGCGUCAGGGCUGUUCUUUGAACUGAACUGCGUCACGGCUGUUCUUUUAACUGAAUUGCAUCAGAGGCAUUCUUUCAAACGAAUUGCGUCACUGCUGUUCUUUGAAUUGAACUGCGUCACAGCUAUUCUUUGAACUGAAUUGCGUCACAGCUGUUCUUUAAACUGAACUGCGUCUUGAAAAAAGAAAAGAAACUGUUCCACAGAACAGUCAUAGCUAUUCGACGUAUCUUUUGUGAAUCAAGAAAUCAUUGUCAUGUCAGACAUAUUGGGUUUUCUCUUUUUCAAAUUCAAAUUCAAAUUAGAGAUCCAAAGGAAAGGAAUGGACAAUGCCUCACCCUGUAGUAACUGAGAGGACACAGGUUCAAUCUCGAGGACGAUAAGAUGUACAUAGUUGUUACAGACAUUACAAACUUUAAGAUAGCCGAAAAUUAAUAUUAAAAACAUUGUUAUUUAGAUCUCUACUUGCUAGAAAAUGGCGCGCUUGAGGCUAGUACAAGAUAAAAAUCCCUCACCCACACGCUUCAAAUGUCUUGUAUUACUUUCAAAUAUUCUUCCUACGAGUCUGGAUUAUGACGCGAAAUAUUAUUUGUUCCAACUUACUUGCAAAUCAGUAUAGAGUGACGUGUUAUUAGAAGGCCAGCACGCACUGUCGUGUUAUACAAGACGUAUUACAUGAUCACGUCACGUAACGUCGUCGUUACGACUUGAUACCUUCUGGCACAAUUAUUUUAAUACAUGUAAAUAAUAAGCCAUACCUUAUUAAUGGCCAAGCUAGUUAGACUUUUGUUAUUCAACCUGUACAUAAGGCUUUGUCCGUGUGUCUGUUUGUAAGUGGGUAAAUGUGUGCAGCUGUGCGUAGUUUAGCUGCUGUGUUUGCUAUGUGUGUGAGUGACCGAGAGAGAGAGAGAGAGAGAGAGAGAGAGAGAGAGAGAGAGAGAGAGAGAGAGAGAGAGAGAGAGAGAGAGAGAGAGAGAG